AUGAAGGAAUGUGUGGAACUUAAAGGUCUGCCGGUUGAACUUUGCAAGUUGACCUCACUUGAAUUCCUUGCUUUUUGUGAUUGUGAGCAAAUUUCGGUUUUGCCAAAACAAAUAGGGGACUUGAAAUCCCUAAAAUAUCUUGGUCUCGAUAAGACAUCAAUAUCAGAGAUACCUGAUUCGAUCAGAAGGGUUCAGUCUCUAGAAAGGCUCGACCUUACUUACUGCUCUUCCUUGAGGAAGAUGCCUGAUUCAAUAGGAGUGCUCAAGAGUCUCUCAUGGUUGUGUUUGUAUGGGUGCAAGUUGUUGGAACGAUUGCCAAAUUCUAUGAGAAUGUUCGCUUCUUUAAAAAAAUUGGACAUUCGACAUUGUGAAUCGCUAACAGAAGUUCCUGAUUCAUUGGGGCACUUAAUGAACGCGCUUGAAUUGUCUCUAGAAGGUUGCAUCUCAUUGGAGAAUCUACCAAACUCCAUCAAAAUGUCAAUCUCAGGGGAAGAUGAUCAUGAGCUCAAAUUCAAUGGUCUUAAUUCAUUGAGGAAAUUACCUGAUUCUCUGGGCGAUAUGAAGAUUAUGCGUAGACUUAGCCUUCGUGAUUGUAAAUCACUUCAAGAAAUUCCCGACAUCAUUGGUAGGUUGAUGUCUUUGGAGGAUUUAGACCUUUCUCGUUGCAUUUCACUAAGGAAGAUGCCUGAAUCAGUAGGAAACUUGAAGAGACUAAGGUGGUUGAGCCUAAAGCAUUGUCGAUCACUUGAAGAAUUACCAGAAUCAAUGGAAGGUUUGAAGUCUUUGGAAGUGCUACAUAUUUGUGGUGGAAUAUCAGUAAAGAAGGUGCCUGACUUCAUAUGCAAGAUGAAGAACCUUCAAGAAUUGCAUCUAAGGAAGAUUAAAGAAAUAUCGGGUCUCAUUGGUGCCCUCCGCCGGCUACAAAAGAUGUGUAUAAAGAAAUUGCCAAGUGUUUCAAACCUAAAUGAUUUGAGGAUGUUAUCUCUAGGAGGAUGUAAGGCUCUGAGUGACUUGUCUGGCCUCGGGAGUUUGAAUUCUUUAGAGGAGUUAAUAUUAACUGCCAGUGAUGGGUUGAGUUUCGACCUGAUGGACAAGUUAUCAAAGAACUCGUUUGAGCAGUUGGAGUUCCUCUUUAUUGCUGGAGUAAUGGACGGUUCCAACUUGCUGUUUCGGCUUCCAAAAGGCGGCGAACUCAAUGGACUAGGCGGCGUAUUUUCCUUGACUAAGGAGCCGUCCUCCAACGCAUCACACAUUAUUGUCAGUGUCCAACUCACGAUAGAAGGGAAGAUCGUCACAGAAGGCAGAUGGAAAGCAGAAAAAAUCGAAGAAGUCUAUUUCAAGAAGGAGCUUGAUAAGUUAGGGGUGGAAGGCAAGGUUUUGUAUGCGAUUGAGUUUGGCAAAGAAGAGCAGAUAUUCAGGUAUGUGAAGGAAGGACAGGGUAUGUGA